CUGUUUAUUAAUAGGACAAAAAAGUCUUGUGGCUGAAGAGGAGCAAGAACAGCAGAGCCCAAAGAAGUAGAGCUAACAGGGCUGUAAUAAUAAUAUUCUAAUCUCCUCCUAAUCCCUCAGUGUUUCCUUCUUCGAUAUAUCCGCCCUUGGAUUCUCAAGCUUACUCCCAUUUGCCACCUUCUCGCAUCUGCAUAAAGAAUUGAAGCCUAAUCCCUUUUGUCUGCUACUGUGCAUCUCUUCUGCAGCUUCGACUGCCGUGGGAAAAAUAACCAUGGGUGUGUGAGGUUGUGCUCGCUUGGCAAUGGAUCUCGAAAGGGGACAGCGUUCCCGAACUAUCAAGAAACAAUCUUGGAGGUCAGUUCUGAUGCUGGCCUACCAAAGCCUCGGAGUAGUCUAUGGGGACCUCAGCACCUCGCCACUGUACGUCUACAAGAGCACCUUCGCCGAUGAUAUCGAGCACACGGAGAGCAAUGACGAGAUCUACGGCGUGCUCUCCUUUGUUUUCUGGACCCUCACCCUCAUCCCUCUCCUCAAGUAUGUCUUCGUAGUGCUCCGAGCUGACGACAAUGGUGAAGGUGGCACAUUUGCUCUCUACUCGCUCCUGUGCCGCCACGGGAGCUUUGGUUUCUUGCCAAGUGGCCAGCUAGCUGAUGUGGAGCUCUCAGCCUAUAAGAAAAAAGAUAGUCCUGCCUCUGGUGGUGGUGCUGCUGCAUCGAUUGUGAAGAGACUACUGGAGAAGCAUCAUGCGCUGCAGCUUAUGCUGCUGAUUCUUGCAUUGAUUGGCACUUGCAUGGUUAUUGCUGAUGGUAUCCUCACUCCUGCAAUCUCUGUUUUCUCGGCAGUCUCAGGACUUGAGCUUGCUAUGUCCAAGGAACAUCACAAAUAUGUCGAGGUUCCUAUCGCAUGUCUCAUAUUGGUCUGCUUGUUUGCUUUGCAACAUUAUGGUACUCACCGACUAGGGUUCCUGUUUGCGCCAAUUGUUAUGCUCUGGCUAUUAUGCAUUAGCGUCAUUGGUGUGUACAAUAUAUUCUAUUGGAAUCCACGUGUAUAUCGGGCCUUCUCCCCCUUAUAUAUGUACAACUUCUUGAAGAAGACCCAAAGAGGAGGCUGGAUGUCACUGGGUGGAAUUCUGCUAUGCAUAACAGGUUCCGAAGCUAUGUUUGCUGAUCUGGGACAUUUCUCACCGUUAUCAAUAAAGAUUGCCUUUACUUCUGUGGUAUACCCAUCCUUGCUCCUUGCUUAUAUGGGACAAGCUGCUUAUCUCUCUCAGCAUCACAUCAUCCAAACUGAUUACCGAAUUGGAUUUUAUGUAUCUGUACCAGAGAGGAUAAGAUGGCCAGUCAUGGCAAUUGCUAUUCUUGCUGCUGUGGUGGGAAGCCAAGCAGUUAUUACGGGUACUUUCUCAAUCAUUAAACAGUGCUCUGCCUUGGGAUGCUUUCCUAGGGUGAAGAUAGUGCAUACAUCAUCCAAAAUACAUGGUCAGAUAUACAUCCCAGAGAUCAACUGGAUUUUGAUGACACUUUGCUUAGCUGUCACUGUUGGAUUUAGAGACACAAAGCUCCUGGGCAACGCAUCAGGGUUAGCAGUCAUGUCUGUCAUGCUGGUCACCACCUGCUUGAUGUUCCUCGUAAUUGUCCUCUGUUGGCAUCAAAGCAUCUUUCUGGCUGCAUGCUUCAUUCUUUUCUUUGGUUCAAUUGAGGCGCUCUACUUCUCGGCAUCUUUAAUCAAGUUCCUUGAAGGAGCUUGGUUUCCUCUCGCACUAUGCAUCGUUUUUAUGAUCAUCAUGUACAUCUGGCAUUAUGGGACCAUAAAGAAGUACGAGUUUGAUGUUGAGAACAAGGUUUCCAUCAAUUGGCUUCUAAGCCUCGGCCCUACCCUAGGCUUUGUACGUGUGCGAGGCAUUGGCCUCAUACACACUGAGCUCGUAUCAGGAAUCCCAGCCAUCUUCUCCCACUUCGUCACCAACUUGCCUGCAUUUCACCAGGUUGUUGUCUUCCUUUGCAUUAAAUCAGUGCCAAUGCCGUACGUCGACCCCCAAGAACGAUUCCUAGUCGGUCGGGUUGGCCCAAAGGAAUACAGGCUUUACAGGGUCAUCGUCCGAUACGGGUACCAAGACAUACAAAAAGAUGACUUGGAGUUUGAGAGGGAUCUUGUUUGCAGCAUUGCUGAGUUCAUCCGAUCUGAAGGAUCAAAGCCCAGCGGUCUGGCUGAAGAAACCGAUAAGGAUGAUGGGCAAAUGACAGUCGUCGGGACAGGUUUGAGGAUCCGCGAGGAGAAAGUUGAAGCUGAAGAUGUGCCAGGCCCAUCAGCCUCGAGGGAGAUACUCUCGCCUGUGAUAGUACCAAAGAAACAAGUGAGGUUUCUCUUGCCCAGGAGCCCGAAAAUAAAGGAAGAGGCGAAGGAAGAGUUGCAAGAGCUGCUGGAAGCAAGGGAGGCAGGAAUGGCCUUCAUACUCGGGCACGAGUACAUGAGAGCAAAGAGCGGGUCGAGCCUCAUCAAGCGGCUGGCGAUCGAUCUUGGGUAUGAGUUCUUGCGGAGAAACUGCAGGGGCCACAUGUAUGCUUUCAGCAUCCCUCAUGCUUCGACUUUGGAGGUCGCAAUGGUCUACCAUGUCUGAGCUUCCUCAUGUGUUUCCAAUUUUAUUUUUUUUUGUCAUGUGAACUGUAGAUGAUCAUGUUGCUUCUCAUGGUAUAGUGAUGAUAAAUCAAGAAAGAGUAGUAGUUUUAGCAGGAUGGUAGAUUUUACAGAUGAAGUUGUAGUUCCCCUGAAGUACCAUUGUACAAAUGAGGAGAUAUGUUUUGUUAUGUACAUAUAUGUAUAUAUAUACUCAUCACAGCUCAAAUGAGAAAUCUUCUCUCUUGUUCAA